AGGUCUUGUUUAUUCAUCAGUUUAGUGGGCAGAUGGUUCUUGACUCAGCUAUUUUAAUAUCGUCUAGUUAUUUCAUCGGCACUGUGAGCAUGAUCUAUGCUCAAUAUCUGACUCAGGGCAUUUCAGAACCAGCCAUCAAUUUGGAGUAUGCGGGGGUUGUGCUUUUUCUGGUAGGCAUCAUGGGUAACUUCUACCACCACUUCCUCCUCUCGAAGCUUAGGGUGAAGGGUGACAAGGGAUACAAAAUACCAAAGAGAGGUCUCUUUAAUUUGGUGAUAUGCCCACAUUAUCUCUUUGAAAUCGUAGAUUUCGUGGGUGUUUCUUUGAUCUCUCCAACAGUGUUUUCGUGGUCUUUCACCUUUGGCACUUUCUUUUAUCUGAUGGGUAGGAGUUAUGCAACUAGAAAGUGGUACCUCUCCAAGUUCCCAAAUUUCCCUAAAAAUGUCAAGUCAUUGAUACCCUAUAUUUUCUAAGAAACUUAAGUUUGUGAUUUCUAAUGAAUAGAAUUCACAAAGAAUGAUUGUAACAAAUAGACAUCCCAUGUGAGGAAAGGGAAUCUCGUUAUCCAGAUGGUUAGAUGUGGAUUUCAUUGUCCAAAUCACUGGUGGCAUGAAUUGUAGCUGGAAACUCUAUAGCUGAAAGAUGUCUAAUCUCUGGCUGUGAAGCUUCGUUGUUGUCUACCCUCUUCAGAUGUGAGAUAGUUUUUUAGCUGAGAACUCUAUAUCUGAGAAUACGUUAUUUGUUUUGCAAGUUUGGAUUCAGAUCUGUCUUGCAUGCAUCCUUUUCCUUUUGUAUUGUUUUUGUUCUAUCAAUGAAGCAAAUUGGUUCUCCUA